AAGCUGAUAUCCCUCCGCCGCUGUCGGGACUAUUUUCUUCCUCCGCUACUGCGCGCGGCCCGGUGCUCUGAUGAGUUAAUUGGCGCCAGCUGUGCGCGCUCCCGUUACACCUACAGCAGAGGAGAAGACAUGUUUCAGGUUCAGAUGGAGGACUCUCUGCUCCGUGGAGACUCGUCUCAUCUGGUUUCUGUUCUUCACUACGAAGGUCUAAACAGUACCACCCUCACCAGGCUGGAUCAGCAGGUUACCAAGGAUCUGUGUGGAUCUAGGUUCAGCAGAGUCCUGGUCGUGUUGAAGUCUUUAGAGACUCUGUCUGAGAACAGAUACGACCUGCAGACGCUCCUCAGCCAUGGACUUACUGCUAAAGUGAUGUUGUGGUUCGAAGCCGUCCGUGACCUGCUGACCUCUGACCUCCACAAAAGCUCCGCCCCCCUGCUGAGCCUGACUGAGGAGUUCUACGAUUACUUCCUGCUACUGGGUCAGGCGUCUCUCCCAGUCAGUCAGCUGUCUGUGGCUCUUCUUCAGUUGGCUCAGUUUUCCCUGGAAGCAGAAAUCCAUUUUCCCCUGAGACUGGAGGCCAUCAGAACCUUUAACAGCAUCCUGGAGUCUCAGAGUCGAGAGCAGCGGAGGCUGAUCCAGAACGACCAGAAUCAGAACCAGAUCCUGUCUCAGGUGGCAGCAGCAGUUCUGACAGUUGGAGACUACGAGCUGCAGGUCAGCCUAUCGGAGGCUCUGUGUCGUCUGACACCCAGGAAGGACCGACAGCAGAGAGCCAAUCAGUGGUUCCCCAGCAAUGACAUCAGCAACGCCUUCUGUGACAUCAGAGACGGAGACUUUGAGGUGGACUGCAGGCGAUUCCUGAACUUUGUGAACCGUUACCAUGGAGACCAGAGGAGGGUCUACACCUUCCCCUGUCUCACAGCGUUUCUGGACUCCACUCAGCUUUUUCAACCCAAAGACGAGAAACUGGACGAGUUCUGGAUCGACUUUAACGUCGGCUCAGGAUGUGUCAGUUUCUUCAUCAAUGAGCCUCAGGGUUACCUGUGGGGAUCCAUCCACCUGUUGAAAGACGACGUCGAUCACUUCAGUCUUGAGCUCAAACAUGAUGAGUGCACUGGGGCAGAGAUGAUCCUCAGUGUCCGGCUGAAAAAUCCCAUCAUGCACCACAGCAGCAGAGGUCAGACAGUGAAGCUGAGCUUCAGCUGUGAACAUCAGAGAGAGCUGGAGGAGGCUGUAGAGAGAGUCCUGAAAGUGAAGAGCUGCCCCCCCUCUGCAGAGAACGAUGGUAGAUCCUACAGCCGGAAGAAACCACGGAGCAAGAGUCAGCUGAAGAUUUUGCCUCUGUCGUCUCCGAGCAGUGAGGACGAAUCCCCUGUAACAAAGACUCCAGGGAAAAGCAGAGCAGAGUUUCUGUUUGAUCAGAUCAGACACUCCACUCUGACGUACGACUCAGGUGUUCCUGUGGGGGCGGAGCUAGAGAUCUCACAGGAACAAACAGAGGAGUUUGAAGGAAGCAGCUCUUCUUUACCACAGGAAGUGUUGAGAAGUGACAGGAAGAGAGUUGCUGCAGAAUCAGGUUACCUGUCAGACCAAACUGAGGGCACACCUGCCCAAAAGAGAAGGGUGGAGCCUCAGUCAGAGGGGGAGGAGUCUAACUCUGCAGUGACAGAGUGCUCACCUGAGGGGGCGGGGCCAUCCGCAGAGGAGGAGGGGCUAUCCAUCGAGAAGGAGGGGCCUGUGAAGAAGCCAGGGGCGGGGCCUGAGUCACACCUGACUUUAGACAUCACCGCUGCCUUCAAAACCUUCAAAACACAACUCGAACAGCACUUCACCGGCUGCUGGCAGAAGGUCGAACAGGAAGUUUUUCUGUCUCUGAAAGAGUGUCAACAACACGUGUCAUCACUGCUCACAGCUGUCCACCAACACAGGUUGUUGCUGCUGCAGAGGUUUGAGAGCAGUGUCACUGAUCAGCUGAACCGGCUCGAAGAAAACUCAACUCACCUGAACUCCAUCAACACACAGAUCCUGAGUUUUUUCCAGUCUGAGAUCCAGCGACUUGGAUCCUUCUGCGACAAACACCUGCAGAAGUUGAAAUGUUUGGAGGAUGAAGAGUCGAAGAGUCGGUCCAGCCAAUGAAGGAGGAGAGAUGAGCUCGACCAAUCAGGAGGAGACUUACAGAUGUUAAAACUUCUCCAAUGAGAGUCCUUGUCUGUUAGAGCAGAACAUAUUCAGACCAAGAAUAAAAACACAGCUGUCAAUAUGAACACUGUGUAUUUAUUUCAACUCACUGUCAUGCACCAGACUUCAUUCAGUUUUUAGUGAUUUUUGUGUUUUUAUGUUAAAGGGUCAGAUUCUCCUCAGAGGACAGAAAAACCAACUAAAUAAAG